CAUGAUACAUUUAGUACAUAUACGUGGCUAACUUGACGUAUCUUGCCUCAUGGUAUAUCAUAUGCGCCGAUAUGUCGCGGAACAGCUGUUUGAAUAAAUUAUGGUUUUUGUGCAUUAUCUUGCUAGAUUUGCGCAACACUGGUGCGAAUAAUGAUGCGGCUCAAAAGAAUGUGCUGUUACUUCUGGCUGACGAUGCAGGAUUCGAAAUGCGAUCUUACUUGAAUAAAAUCUGUCAGACUCCUAACUUGGACAAAUUGGCAAAAGAAAGUCUUUUAUUCAAUAAUGCGUAUACAUCAGCCAGCAGCUGUUCACCAAGUCGUUCUGCAAUAUUGACUGGAUUACCAAGUCAUCAAAAUGGAAUGUACGGUCUUCAUCAUGGUGUUCAUCAUUUUAAUUCUUUUGAAAAUGUUCAAAGUUUGCCAAAAUUACUGAAGAGAAACAACAUUAAAACAGGAAUCAUUGGCAAAAAGCAUGUAGGUCCAAGCGAGGUUUACCCAUUUGAUUUUGAACGUACAGAAGAAAAUUAUUCUAUUCUUCAAGUAGGUCGUAAUAUUACUCAUAUUAAAUUGUUAGUACGUGAAUUUCUCUCAUAUAAUAAAACACAACCCUUCUUCCUACUAGUUGCUUUUCAUGAUCCUCAUCGCUGUGGACAUACUCAUCUAGAAUAUGGCAAUUUUUGUGAAAAAUUUGGCAAUGGAAAUGUCGGAAUGGGUAUUAUCCCGGACUGGAAUCCGAUAUAUUAUCAAUGGGAUCAAGUCAAAGUACCUUAUUACGUUCAAGACACGGAAGCUGCUAGGAGAGACAUUUCUGCCCAGUAUACAACAAUAUCUCGUUUAGAUAAAGGAGUUGGUUUAGUACUUGAUGAACUCAAAAAUGCUGGCUAUAAGGAAAACACUUUGGUACUUUACACGUCCGACAAUGGCAUACCUUUCCCAAACGCUCGCACAAACUUAUAUGACCCAGGUAUAGCUGAACCGAUGAUGAUUUCAUCGCCAAUACGCGGGCAUAGAAAAAAUAGCGUAACGUACAGUAUGACCUCUUUGCUAGACAUAGUCCCAACAAUAUUAGCUUGGUUUAAUAUAACUCACGAAAAUCAGACGUCCGACGAAGUAUCUCUUCCGCAGUUUACUGGCAAAUCGCUUUUACCGUUGCUCCGUGAAGAACCCACAGAAAACGGUACGGCGAUCUUCGUUAGCCAAACGCAUCAUGAAGUUACCAUGUACUAUCCGAUGCGUGCGAUUAGGACUAAACGCCACAAGCUUAUACAUAACAUCAAUUACCGGAUGCCAUUCCCUAUCGAUCAGGACUUUUAUGUAUCCCCGACUUUCCAGGAUCUUCUCAAUAGAACACGAAAACAUGAAUUUUUACCAUGGUUUAAAACAUUAAAACAGUAUUAUCAGAGACCAGAAUGGGAGAUGUAUGACUUAAAAUAUGAUCCGGAGGAAUUAAAUAAUGUAGCCUUAAAGCCAUCAUUGAAGAACAUAUUUGUUGACCUGCAAGACCGAUUGUUCAAUUGGAUGAAAAUGACAAAAGAUCCAUGGCUAUGUGCACCAGAUGCUGUUCUCCAAGAUACUGGAGUUAAUAAAAAUGAUCCUCAAUGUAUGCCAUUAGACUGGGAUUCAAUUUUAUAUUGAGAUUAUUUCCAGUAUUUGUUACAUUAAUAGUGUUUACAAGUAUCUUUUCUUUUUUACAACUUUCCAUCUAUAUAUUUAUACUAUAUAUUUACCAAGAAAAUACUCAACAAAAUGCAAUAUUCUUAUAACUUCCACUGUAUAUAAACUAAAUCAUAAUAGAUUUUGUAAUUAAUAUUUUAUGUAAUAUGUAUAUAUGCAAUUUUCUUCAGUAUUUGCAUCAAUUUUAUAAUACACAAAGCAAAUAACAAUGUAAUGAAUUUUUGUAAUUUCAAUAUAACAUCUACUACCUUCA